GAAGGAGGGGGAUGAGAGAAGCACCAACUUAGGGAAGCAGAGGAAGACUGAGAAACAGAGGAAGGGAGAGGGAGAGAGAGAAGGAAGGAGGGAGACACAGAAACUGGAGUCAAACAGAAAGAUACAAGGAAGGAAAGAAAGAAAGAGAGAAACAUAAGGGGAGGGAGACCGUGACAGACAGACAAAGUGGAGGCUAAAGGGGGCAAAAAUGGAGGUUAGUGAAAAAGAGUUGAGUGAGCAAGGCUGCUCUUACUAAUGGGUGGUGGUAGGGACACCUAGGUGCUUGUCUACCUUUGUGAGAUUCGACAGAUACUUGUCUCCCUGCCUGAAAUCCCACCAUUAGAGUUUCACUUUCCUUCCCACAACUUUUGACUUUUAAAAGGUGGUAAGGUAAAUGUGAAACCCGUUCCCCUAGAGGUAACCCCAGAGCAGCCUAGCAGGUUCCGAUCAGCGCCAACAGCAUAAGACGAAGCUCUGGGCCAGCCCAGCAGAGGAUUGAAAUGUCAGAUCCGGAAACUGAGAUCAAGAUGAGCAGUAAGCCUGCAUCUAAAAGCCAAGCUGAGCCAGUCCAGAAGAGGCUCUGUUCCAAUUUAUUUCUCAGCGUCAAGUUCUUUGUACUGUGCCAUAGCCUGCUGCAGCUGGCCCAACUCAUGAUCUCAGGCUACCUGAAGAGCUCCAUCUCCACCAUAGAGAAACGCUUUGGCCUGUCCAGUCAGACCUCAGGGCUCCUGGCUGCAUUCAAUGAGGUGGGGAACACAACCCUCAUCGUAUUCGUGAGCUACUUUGGGAGCCGGGUCCACCGGCCCCGUCUGAUUGGCCUUGGAGCUGUCCUAGUCGCGGUGGCAGGGCUCCUCAUGAGCCUUCCCCACUUCAUCGCUGAGCCCUAUCAUUAUGACCACGUUGACCUUGACUUGUCUCAGGACUCUGCUUCUUCCUUAUGCAUGCUGCCCCAGGCCCCAGCACUGGCCCUGGUCUCUGCUGCAGUCCCAACCCCAAGCAAUAGCAGCUGUGCCUUGUACACGGAGGUGCGGCAGGUGGUGGUGGUGGGGCUCAUGUUCCUGGCACAGACCCUGCUUGGUGUAGGUGCUGUGCCCAUCCAGCCCUUUGGAAUCUCCUACAUCGAUGACUUUGCCCACCCCAACAACUCUCCACUCUACUUAGGGAUCCUGUUUGCUGUGACUCUCGUUGGACCAGGGUUGGCCUAUGGGCUUGGAGGCCUCAUGCUGAGGUUUUAUGUGGAUAUUGACCGGAUGCCUGAAGGAGGCAUCUCCCUGACUCCAAAAGACCCACGCUGGGUUGGUGCCUGGUGGCUGGGAUUCUUGGUCUCUGCUGGUGCUGUGACUUUGACUGCCCUCCCUUAUUUCUUCUUUCCCCGGGAGAUGCCAAAGGAGAAGCAGGAGCUUGGUUUCCAGAAGCAGAUCUUACCUUCGCUGGAUGACAAAGGAGAGAGCUCUCUCAUGAAGCAGGGAACUGAUAACUCCCCAGAGAAAGAGAAGGAUGGAGAGUCUCAGAUAGCCCCAGACCUCACUAUGAUACAGUUCAUCAAAACCUUCCCCCAAGUGCUGCUACAGAAUCUGCGCCACCCCAUCUUCCUCCUUGUGGUCCUGGCCCAGGUCAACAUGACCUCCAUGGUGGCUGGGAUGGCCACCUUUCUGCCCAAAUUCCUGGAGCGCCAGUUCUCUGUCACCGCCUCCUUUGCCAACCUGCUCAUUGGUAGUAUCAGCAUUCCUGCAGCCAUGUUAGGCAUCAUGAUCGGGGGAGUCCUGGUUCAUCGCCUCCACUUGGGCCCCACACGCUGUGCGACUGUUAGUAUCCUAGGGAGCCUCAUUUGCAUGGUAUUUGGCCUGCCACUCUUCUUCAUGGGCUGUCCCACCCACCCUAUCGCCAAUGUCUACGGCCCCAGCUCUCUUCUUGAAAAUGAGGACUUCCUAAACUGUACCCAGCUGUGUUCCUGCUCCAAGAGUAACUUCAACCCUGUGUGUGACACCUGGAGCCGCACUGAGUACGUCACCCCCUGUCAGGCCGGCUGCACAGGGAUGCAGGGUGAUCCAGGCCCAGGUCAAGGCCCAAUUAUCUACACCAACUGCAGCUGCCUCAUUUCAGGAGUUAGGGGUAGUUCUGUCACCUCUGGUUCCUGUGAAUCCCCCUGUAGUCACCUGCUGCUUUCCUUCAUCCUCCUCAUCAGUCUUGGAGCAGCAGUGGCCAGCAUCACUCACACACCCUCCUUCAUGCUCAUCCUAAGGGGGGUGAAGAAUGAAGAUAAAUCUUUGGCUGUUGGAAUCCAGUUCAUGUUGAUGAGAGUUUUAGCCUGGAUGCCCAGCCCCGUGAUCCAUGGCAUUGCUAUUGACACUGCCUGUGUCUUCUGGGCUGAUACCUGUGGGAUGCGGUCCCUUUGUCGAUACUAUGACCAUACCGUCCUCAGGCAUCGGUUCAUUGGGCUUCAGUUUUUCUACAAGCUGGGCACACUGGUCUGCUUCACCCUGGUGUUCAUCAUCCUACGACAGCAGGAGAAGGAGGCUGCUUGCUCUGGGUCCCAGCAUGGCUCUGUUUCCCAGGAGGAGAAGUUGAUCCUCAGCUCAGAGAAGAGAUCUGGGGAAUCCAUAGUGUGAGACAGCUGCCCCAGGCCCGGCCUGCCUCCCUACUCCAUUCUGGAGGGGGCAAAGGACCCUACCAAUGAUGAGGAGAAGGGAUAACAUCUGCAACAAAUAUAGCCUUCACUGGAGUCCUCUACCAGGGGAUGGUGUGGGGGCUAUGUCUAAGUGAAAGGGGCAAAUGGAGACUGGUCACCUGGGAUCUUGUCCCCAAAGAACCAUUCAGGGACUGGAAGACAUUGUCAGAUGCUCUCUCAGUACUCUCAUUUUCUUGUAGUGAGAAAGCCUCAGAUAGAGAGCCUUAUUCCGUACAGAGCCAGAGAUCAUCAAAAGCCAGUCCCCAUAAUGAUCUGGCCAUCCUGCUUGCUUUCAAUGUUGGCUCAUCUCUGCUACCCACAGACAGAGACCAAUGGAUUCUUUCUCCAGUGAUCUCAGCUCUCCUAGAAACAAAGAGACAAGAGGACCAACCCCCAGGGUCACGAUACAAAUUCACACAUGGGGAAAUGGAGAGACAGGAUUCCAAGCUCACCAUGCAUAUGGGAGCUUCCGUGUUCCUGGACCUCAUCUCAACCUGUUACCUAGGAAAUACAUGUCAAGGAUGCUGAGCACUCAUCUCCAGGAAUGAAUUGACAAUCACUAACAUCAGAGAUUGACUGUCCCUUGUAUACUCUGCCUCCAUUUUUUAUACUCUCCCUUUGAUCAUUCUUAGAGCCCAGACCGAGAACAACCAGCCCCAGGUUCCUUUGCCUAAGCUCCUGGCAGGUUUGCAAAUUUGCCUGGGGGCAGGGUUAUUUCAUUAUACUGUUGCACUUAUCCAGAGAUAUAGUUCCCCUUGCUUUCACAAGCCACUGUUUACACCAACUAUAGAUAGUCACCUCUUACCUUUGGCCAGGCAUCCAUCCAGGGAAUUCCUCCUUUUUUCUAACAAAACAAAUGCUUCUUCUUGCCAAAUUCCUGCCCAAGCCUAGAUCCCUCAUCCAGAACUGACAUAAAGCAGAGAUUUCCCCCAACCUUUGGAUGAGAAAAGGUUGCCUUUAAUCUCUACAAAAUCCUUCGAGUCACCUUGGCCCCUCUGUCUGCCAGUAUGAAGACCCUGAUACUCUGAGACAGGAUCAGUCUGUGAAGUUGCAUCUGGACAUGCUAUAUUUCCUUCACCAAGGUUCAUAGUCAGUGACAGCUCAAGGACAAUCCUAUGACUUAAAAGGCAAAAUAAAUUGAAUUCAUUUCUCUA